CGCGGUGUUUCCUUCCGGGUCGGGCCGGGCGAAGCGGAAGUGUGGGGUAGUCUCGUCACCUUGGAGAUGUGCUUAGGGGUGUCAUGGCAGCGCCGAACUGGCUGGAGCAGUUGCGGGCGGCACGCAAGACUGCCUUGCUCGGGGACGGUAAGCGGAAAGUCCAUUAUUUGUUUGACAGUGGGAAAGAGAUGGUUGAAGAGUAUGACAUGAAGACCAAUCAGCUGCUUUUGAGGAAAUGGAGAGAGAAGAAUACCCUAGGUGCUUGUGGCAAUUGGCAGAUUGAAGUAGGAGAGCCAGACUUGCCUGCAGUGCGAGCCCUGGAUCAGGAGCUCAUAAAGGAGAGUAGUACCAAUCCCAUCCUUAUGCGAAAAGACACCAAAAACAGUUUCCAGUGGCGGAUCCGGAACCUGCCAUACCCGAAGGAUGUCUACAGUGUUUCAGUGGAGAAGGAUCAGCGCUGCUGUGUAAUCCAUACAAGCAAUAAAAAAUAUUAUAAGAAGUUCUCCAUUCCUGACCUAGACAGGUUCCAGCUGCCCCUGGAUAUCAAUGCUCUAAGCUUCACUCAUAGCAACAACACAUUGAUCAUCACGUAUCAGAAGCCCACAGAGGUUCUGGCUGCAGAAGAAGAACUGCUGAAGGAGCUAAAGAAGAUCAAGGUAGCUAAUGAUGGCGAUGGGGAAUGCAAGACACAGUAGUCAGCUGAGAAUGUUUUGUCUGUACAUAUUUAUUUUGCUACUCUUCUUUUAUAUAUAAAUGCACUGGUUAGAGUUUAACUCCUUUAGAAAAGACUUGGUGAGCUGAAUCCUGGAAGGAGAACUUCUCCACAAAUGGCACAGAUAUCUCUAGCAACCUGUUGGUGCACAGCCCAAAUGAAAGAUAAGAGAACCCCAUUAUCUGCAGAAUUUCUGUUCCCAGCAGGGGGUGGGGGUGGAUAGUGAAACCAUGGAUAAUGGGGCAUUAGGUUCCUGAGGCAGUGUGGUAAAAAGGCUGGUGAAAACAGGAUGAAAAACUGACUGAAAGUGGGGGAAAUUGGGUUGGGGGAGUGCCCUACUGAGUCCCCAGCUAUCCAGCAAUUUCCCCAAAGAUAAAAAGUGUAGUGGGGUUUUUUGCAAGAAAUUGUGAGAUUUCUCUCUCUCUCUCUUUUUUAAACACAAAAAAGGAGCCACAAAAUGGCUCUUGUCCUCAUAAUAGCAGGUGAAAAUUGACCUAAGAGAUGACUUCCACCCAUCCCCAACCCAUGGAUAUGUGCAUCUUAAUCCCUUAAAUUACUUUUUCAUGUAGCAACCUGUUGUACACAUGUAGGUCCAGUGGCAAUUACCCAACUGUGGAUAUGCAAAACCACAGAAACCGGGUCCACAAUUAACAAGGUUCUCCUGUAUCACUCUUAGGAGUCAAAGCCUUUGUAGAUGUGAUCUUGAUGAGCAAAAGUUCCCAUAUCUAUCGACAUCAUCCACUUUAUAUCCUACCCAAUUACUUUAAAGGGUCUGAACAUCUGCACUUUGCCUUCAAGUGUGUGAGAGAUAGCUCACGGAAAGAAGUUGGAUAAGAAUUACCCUUCCUCCUGCACUCAUUUCCAGGUGAUGCAAAAACCAAAUAGAAACAACUUGGUGAAUCUUAAAAUGUGUCUGCAAUUGCCUUUAAAUGUGCAAGAUUGACUUAAAUGCACUAUUAGCUCCAAACAUCAGCUCACAAGGGUGUCCUUUGGCAUGCCAGCCCUCCUCUUUGAAACGUAAAGCAUGGAGGAUUUUAUUCCCCCCUCACAACUUUGCUCUUGGAACAUGUAUAGGCUUGUUAGUUUUAUUUUCUCCCUGAAAGCACAUUUUAUGUGCCAAAACUCGGUGUCCUCUGUGUGUUAAAAAUAAAAGCACGUUUUCUGGAUUCUA